UAUGAUAUAAGAGUUGCGGAUCAAAUUCUUAACGAACCAUUUCACGCGCGGUCCCGCCAGAUCUGAAUUUGACGGUUUCUCGUGAAUACACAAUCAGCCGAGCGUUGUUGAUUCACUUCGCUUUCUCCUCUCGCUCUGCAAUGGCGAGGGUUUGCGUCGGGGAGAACAACCAGUCCUCAAUUCGGAUUUUGCUUGUGUUGAUUGCAAUCGCGUCUUGUGGGAGCACGGCUUUUGCCGCCAGAUCGGAGCAGGAGAUUAGGGAGCGCUUUUACGGUAAUUUAGUUAAUACGACGGCGCCGGAGAAUGGAGAAGGCAGUAUCGCCAAGAUGUUUGAUCGUGUCCUCGAAAAAGAGUUCUCCGAGAACGAUCAACCUGAAGGUUCAGAGAAAAGCAGCUUUAACAGCUCUGUAGCUGAUCAAGAAGCUGUACUGGAGACUGUUGCAAUGAUUACACAUGAUAAAGUCAAGAAAAAUGAAACCCUCGAGGCAAAUGGUACUAAAUCUUUUCAAUUUCAAGAUGUUUUUUCCCUGGAUAAUGAAAAUUCUGAAGAUAUGACAACAUUGAUAGACAAAAAGGACAAUAUGUUUGUCAUGUCAAAUAAGAAAUCAAAAUAUCCAGUGCUUCAAGUUGAUCUGAGGCUUAUUUCUGAUUUGGUGGUUGUUAUUGUCUCUGCUGCCAUAGGUGGAAUUAUAUUUUCCUGUUUGGGACAACCAGUUAUUGUUGGCUAUCUUUUAGCGGGUUCUAUAAUUGGACCUGGGGGUUUGAAAUUCAUUAAGGAAAUAGUACAGGUUGAGACCUUUGCGCAGUUUGGCGUUGUGUUCCUUCUGUUUGCUUUAGGUCUGGAGUUCUCUUUGACAAAGCUAAAAGUUGUGGGCCCUGUUGCAGUGGUUGGAGGACUACUUCAAAUAGUUAUCUUCAUGUUCUUCUGUGGCAUAACUGCAAUGUUAUGUGGAGCAAAAUUAUCAGAGGGUGUGUUUGUAGGUUGCUUUCUCUCUAUGUCUUCAACAGCAGUGGUGGUGAAGUUUCUGGUUGAGCGGAACAGUAAUAAUUCUAUACAUGGUCAAGUGACAAUUGGUACACUUAUAUUCCAGGACUGUGCUGUUGGUUUAUUAUUUGCUUUGCUUCCUGUUCUUGGAGGUAAUAGUGGAAUUCUGCAAGGGUUGUUUGCGAUGGGAAGACUGCUGCUGAUCCUAUCCCUCUUUCUCACUGCUGCAUCUGUACUAACUUGGUCUUUUGUUCCUCGUUUUCUGAAGUUAAUGGUUCAGAUAUCUUCUCAGACCAAUGAAUUAUAUCAACUAGCUGCAGUGGCGUUCUGCUUAUUAUCUGCUUGGUGCAGUGACAAGUUGGGGCUCAGUCUUGAGUUGGGUUCGUUUGUGGCUGGAGUCAUGAUAUCUACCACUGACUUUGCACAACAUACAUUAGAGCAGGUGGAACCAAUCCGUAACCUCUUUGCUGCUCUGUUCCUUUCUAGUAUUGGAAUGCUCAUACAUGUACACUUCCUAUGGACGCAUGUGGAUAUAUUGCUUGCAUCUGUUAUUCUGGUUAUUGUUGUUAAGACUACUGUUACUGCUACAAUUACAAAGGCAUUUGGAUAUAACAUUCGAACAUCAUUUAUUGUUGGACUUUUGCUGGCACAAAUUGGAGAAUUUGCAUUUGUAUUGUUAAGUCGUGCAUCAAACUUGAACAUUGUUGGGGGCAAGAUAUACCUCCUUCUUCUUGGAACAACUGCUCUUAGUCUCGUUACAACUCCUAUCUUGUUCAAACUUAUACCUGCUGUGAUACACCUAGGAGUUCUUAUGCAUUGGUUUCCACCUGAGCCUACUGCAUCAACUGAGGAGAAAGUUGCCUUGAUUGAGGCACAUAACAGGCUACUAUAACAUUUGCUGAGAUUACCAACUACCACUACCACUACCACUGUAUCAGAAGCUUGAGUUAGAUAGCAGAGAAUUGUACAUCUCCAAGUUUUGGCAAGUGCUCAUUCAGGCCGGUUGUCUUGACUAUCAAACUAAGUGCUAAUUGUGCGGUUGUAUUUGAUGAUGUAUAUAAUAGGAUACCAAUUUUUUGUUCACACGUUGAUGUAGCCUAAAGGAACAAACAAAUUAAAAUUGUAGUUAAUAGACAAACAUUCUGAGGAUGUAUGAACCCUCAAUACAUAGAUGUUCGUUUUUCUGGUUGCUGGAACAAUUUCAUUUUGUGUUUGCCUA